CCAGGGCAGAGCUCCGCCGGCUGGCGCGUCCCGAACCCGGGCGAGACAGGAGCGGGGCAAACUCCCCACUGCCCCACGAAGGGGAGGCGGCCCCUUCCCGGGCGGGGGGGGGGAGGUGGUGGAAUCACAGGUAAGGCACAGAAUAAAGAGAGGGGGCAACAAGAAAGCAGAGGCGACUUCGCAUCACGCUCGUCCGUCCGGAGCAGCCGAAGAACUGAAGGCGCGGCGAUUUCAUUUGCCUCUUGCUGGGGCGCCAGUCCCAACCAUCUGGGGGCAAGCGAAGCAAGAAGUGUUCCUCUUUUUGCCCCCCCCCCCCGAGGGGCUGAAGCCAAAUCACAGAAAAAGUCUUUUUUUGUACGGAUAGAACAGGAAUAUUACCCAGUGUAGAGAGAAGUGCUAGAGAACACGAAGAUCCCGGAGUUUGGUGGGCUGGGGAGAUUCGGCCAUGGAGGAUCCCUGCGCCAACUUCUCACGUUACGUUGACUUAAGUCUGGCGGACGCCAGCACCCCCUGGAACGGGAGCUGUGAAUACGACCAGUACGUGACAUCGCUCGACCCGCGGGGGGAGGAGGACGCAGUCAAGACCUAUCAGGUGCGGGUGGUGAUUGGCGUUGUGCUGGUCUGCAUCAUGCUGGUCUGCGGCGUGGGCAACCUCCUCUUCAUCGUCACCCUGGCCAGGCACAAGAACCUGAGGAACGUCACCAACCUUCUCAUCGUCAACCUGGCCGUCUCCGACUUCAUCGUGGCCACCGUGUGCUGCCCUUUCGAGAUGGAUUACUAUGUGGUCAGGGAGCUGUCCUGGAACUUCGGGCACGUUCUCUGCUCCUCGGUGAAUUACCUCAGGAUGGUCUCCCUCUAUGUCUCCACCAACGCUCUCUUGGUCAUAGCAGUCGACAGGUAUUUGGUGAUCGUGCAUCCGCUGAAGCCUCGCAUGAAGUUACAGACGGCCUACUGCAUCCUGAUUGCCGUUUGGGUCGUGUCCCUGGUUAUCUCCAUCCCCUCGGCCUACUUCAUGACCGAGACCACCUUCGACACCUUCCCGGGCGGCGGCGGAGGGAAGGUGUUCUGCGGGCAGAUCUGGCCGAUGGACAAGGUACACUUCUACAGGUCCUACUUCCUGCUCCUCUUUGUCCUGGAGUUUGCUGCUCCCGUGGUGACCAUGUCGCUGUGCUACCUGCAGAUCAGCCGGGAGCUCUGGUUCAAAAGCGUGCCCGGCGUGCAAACCAAGCAGAUCAAAAAGCGGCUGAGGGCCCGGCGGAGAACAGUCCUGGUCCUGAUGGGGAUACUGACGGCCUACAUCCUCUGCUGGGCCCCGUACUACGGGUACGCCAUCAUCCGGGAUUUCUUCCCCGGCGUGCUCCUGCGGGAGAGGCACUCGAUCACGGUGUACUACGUCGUGAAGUGCAUCGCGGUGAGCAACAGCAUGAUCAACACACUCUUCUUCGUCACUGUGAAGAACAACGCCAUUAAGUACGCCAGGAGGGCCCUGCUCCGGGGCUGCAAGGCCGGCCAGCUGCAAGACAAGAGCACCGUGGCGCACGAGUGCCGGACCACAGUGCUGCCCGUGUCCGAGUGACCGAGGGGGGCUUUACCGUGCGAGUAGAGACCCUGCAGGAGUCCUGGUUGAGCCUGGGCGGUAGUUCAGCGAGGCUUCAUGGCCUUUAGAGAUGACUGCUGCAAAGCUCUUUGGCUGGGAUGCCAGGGCCCAAGUAAUUUUAAGCCCAAGGUGAUAAUUUGAGCCCCGGAUCCUAAGGGGAUGCUGAAGUUUCAAGACUCUCCUCCUCCGUCCUCAACCGUCCGACCCACCCCACUCACCAGCAUCUCACCGCAAGUAUACAGGUUCACCUUUCUGACUCUAGAGGGCUUCGUGGGGUUUUCUCAAUCGCAACAGAAGGGCUCGGUGUGACUGGGGCCCUGCCCGUUACCAACACAGAAGAGUUUCAGAUACACCGAGUGGCCGCGUCAGUCAGCGCUCCUGUGUGCGGGCUCGUUAAACGCCUAAACGGGCCGCAGCCAUGUAUGCGUAUGCAGACGUGGGUGGAACCGCCUUGUUAGGGAGAGAGGUUGGAGGGGAACAGCCGGACUGGUUCAAGGCGACAGUAACUCAAAUAACCACCCAUUUCAACAGCGGUGUGCAGACGAGCAUCUCUGAACGCUCAACACUUCGACCCUUGAAGUGGAUGGGCUAUAGCAGCAGAACACCGCAUUGGGUCCCACUCCUCGCUGAGCGUAUAGCAAUCCCUCCCGAUGGAUCCAGUCCAGGGGAUUUGUGAUUCACUGCACUGCAGAACGACAGACGUACGAAAGGACCUGGUGGUUCAUUCCUUCCCCAGACAAUGUGGUUAGGUUCACCCAGUGUGGAUGUGUCGCUGGGUUUAUAAAAACAUAGAAAACCCUCAGCACAAUACAGGCCCUUUGGCCCACAAAGUUGUGCUGAACAUGUCCCUACCUUAGAAAUUACUAGGCUUACCCAUAGCCUUCUAUUUUUCCAAAAGUCUCUUAAAAGACCCUAUCAUAUCCACCUCCACCACCGUUGCCCAUUCCACUCACUCACCACUCUCUGCAUAAAAAACUUACCCCUGACAUCACCUCUGUACCUACUCCCCAGCACCUUAAACCUGUGCCCUCUUGUGGCAGCCAUUUCAGCCCUGGGAAAAAGCCUCUGACUAACCACAUGAUCAAUGCCUCUCAUCAUCUUGUACACCUCUAUCAGGUCACCUCCCAUCCUCUGUCGCUCCAAAGAGAAAAGGCCGAGUUCACUCAACCUAUUCUCAUAAGGCAUGCUUCCCAAUCCAGGCAACAUCCUUGUAAAUCUCCUCUGUACCCUUUCUAUGGCUUCCGCAUCCUUCCUGUAGUGAGGCGACCAGAACUGAGCACUGUACCCCAAGUGGGGUCUGACCAGGGAAAGAGAGAAAAAGACACAGGGGUCCGGGUCGCCUCCAACCUGAUGGCAUGAACCUAGUUUUCUCCAGCUUCUGGUGAUUGCACCCCACACCACGUUCCUUCCCCAUUCCCAAUUCCUGUUUCCCUCUCUCAUCUUAUAUCCCUCUGGUGCUCCUGCCUCUUCCCUGGUCUUCUGUCUUCUGUCCUCUUCUAUCCCCUUCAGCCCUUCAUCUCUUCCACUAAUAAACUUCUCUUUACGUCACCCCCCUCCUCCCCCUCUCCCAGUUCCUCCUGUCACCAAGCACCUUGAACUUCUUCCUCCCCCUCCCGUUCCGGUCCUGAUGAAGGGUCUCGGCCCGAAACGUCGACUGUUUAACUCUUUCCCAUGGAUGCUGCCAGGCCUGCUGAGUUCAUCCAGUAUUUUGUGUGUGGGUGGGUGGGUGUGUGUGUGUCUGUCUAUCUGUUGCAUUGGCGCAGAUUGCUUCUCCACUGCAGCCAACAUGAGGGAGUCAAAUUUGCCACAGGAUUGGUGCAGCCCAAGGUCAACACCACAGUCGUGAUUCCAAAUCAUGGUCUUCUGCAAUACUGGUGGUGUAAUUGGUCCAAGAUGACAGGUACUGCAAUAAUUGAACAUAGAACAUAGUAUAAUACAGCACAUUACAGGCCCUUCGGCCCACAAUGUUGUGCUGACCCUCAAACCCUGCCUCACGUAUAACCCCCCCCCACCUUAAAUUCCUCCAUAUACUUGUCUAGUAGUCUCUUAAAUUUCACUAGUGUAUCUGCCUCCACCACUGACUCAGGCAGUACAUUCCACGCACCAACCACUCUCUGAGUGAAAAACCUUCCUCUAAUAUCCCCCUUGAACUUCCCUCCCCUUACCUUAAAGCCAUGUCCUCUUGUACUGAGCAGUGGUGCCCUGGGGAAGAGGCGCUGGCUGUCCACUCUUGUCUAUUCCUCUUAAUAUCUUGUACAACUCUAUCAUGUCUCCUCUCAUCCUCCUUCUCUCCAGAGAGUAAAGCCCGAGCUCCCUUAAUCUCUAAUCAUAAUCCACACUCUCUAAACCAGGCAGCAGCCUGGUAAAUCUCCUCUGUACCCUUGCCAAUGCUUCCACAUCCUUCCUGUAGUGAGGCGACCAGAUAUGGACACUAAAGUCCUAGUUCCUGUUGGAAUUCAAAUAGUUAUAUUAUUGUCAAGCUAGAGUGAAAAGCUUGUCUUUAAUACUGUUCAUGCAGAUCAAAUGGAGCAAGACAAAAUUAUGAAGGCUUAUGGAAUGAUUGCUUUUGUUACUUGAAGCACUGAGUUCAAAGGUCAGGGGAUUACGUUUCCAACCUUAUAAAACUCCUGUUAGGCCACACCUGGAGUAUUGCCUCCAGUUCUGGUCGCCCCACUAUAGGGAGGACGUUGGGGCUUUGGUUUGGGUCUAGAAGAGGUUCUACCAGGACGCUGCCUGGUUUAGAGGGCCUGUGCUAUCACGAGAGGCUGGACAAACUUGGGCUGUUUUCUCAGGAGCAUCAGAGGCUGAGGGAAGAUCUGACAGAGGUUUAUAAAAUGAGGACAGGCAUUGGGCAGGGAGUAUCUGUUUCCCAGGGUUGAAAUGACUAAUACCAGAGGCCAGGCACUGAAGAAUGUAGAUUCACUCGGAGAGUGGCGGAUGCUUGGAAUGUGAUGCCUGGUUUGGUGGUAGAGGCUCUUAAGCUGUGUUUGGAUUGGCACAUGGAUGUGAGGAAGAUGGAGGGAUCAGUGUUUGGGUGUUUUUAUAUUUGCUUUUUAGCUGGUUCGCCACAACUUUGUGGGCCGAAUGGCCUGUUCCUGUGCUGUACUCUUCUAGGGUAAAUGCAAGCAGGGCUACAUCUAGAGGUCAUGGGUUAAGGGUGAAAGGUGAACAUUUAAUGGGAACAAGAGGGGAAACUUCACUCAGAGGGUGGUGGGGGUGCAGAACGAGCUGCCAGCGCGAGUGGUGCGUGCCAGCUUGAUUCAGGGUCUGUAACCGUGUGGGUUUCCACCCUGGGCUCUGGUUUCCUCCCACGUUCUAAAGACGUAGGGGGUCAGUAGGUUAAUUGGCCACGUGGGUGUACGCGGACAGCACAGGCUUGUGGGCCGAAAGGGCUCGUUACCAUGACAUACCGCCAAAUAGAAUGAUAACAGAUGCUGGAUAAAGUGCAGUGCAGGAAAGCACUGUGCAGGGUGGAGGAACUCAGCAGGUCGGGCAGCAUCCAUUUACUUUUUUACGGCCUGUUACGCAGCUGGCGUUGAGGGCAGUGAUGAGAGUCCUCCAUCUCAAAGGUUCGAAGGUACAAUUUAAUGUCAGAGAAAUGUAUACAAUAUACACUCUGAAAUUUCUGGCAGCGUUCAGUGCUUCCUCUCGGUUUUCACUACCGUCAGUCCCGAAAGUCCCGGGCGGAGACUCGGGAAUAUCGUCACACUCGGAUGUAGAAGGGUUCUUCAUUGCUGUUUCCAUAACAGUCUUGCUUGACCAGUCAGGGAUGUUGGCCCUGAACUCAAACCCCCUGAAACUGGAGGACCGGUUGGCCACUCUAAGUCUGACCUCUACCCUUUGACCUGUUUGGUGUGGGUGACCCUACCAAGGGCCAAAGCACAAAGCCCAGACUCCAGCUGACACAGCCCUCCGGGUCAUUGAGGGACGCGAGCCUCCAAACCCAACGACAAGCUUGUGAUCUACUUGGAGGAGGCAGCAUCUAUAGAAGCUCAACACUUUUGAGCUAAGAACCUUCUUCAGUACUGAAAAGAGAGGGGGGGAAGAUCACCAGAAUAAAAUGGUUGGGGGGGGCAAGGGGAAGGAGGAUAGCUGGAAGGUGAUAGGUGAAGCCAGGUGGGUGGAAAAGGUCGAAGGCUGGAGGAGAAAGAAUCUGAUAGGGGAGGAGAGUGGACAAUAGGAGGAAGGGGGGAUGAAAGGCACAAGAGGGAGGUGAUAGGAGCAAAAAGGUAAGAGGCUAGGGUGGGGAUUAAAAGAAGACGGGAGGAGGAGGGAUUUUUUUUAAACUGGAAGGAGAAAUUGAUAUUUAUUCCAUCAGGCUGGAGGCUACUCAGCGGGAAUGUAAGGCACAAACACAAGAAAAUCUGCUGAUACCUGAAAUCCAAAGUAACACACGCACAAAACACCGGAGGAACUGAGCAGGCCAGGCAGCAUCAAUGGAAAAGAGUAAACAGUAGAUGCUUUCACCCCGAGGGUGGCCUUGUGAGUCACUUUGAGAAAGGGUGUAUGUGAGCCAGUUCAAGGUUUUCAAUUAGCCUGUGUCUCAUCUGGUAACUACUAUUGGUUAGUCUUUGAAAAAUUUACAGGCAAGAAAAGCAGAGGAUGUGAUGUGUCCCUUGUGAGUAGGAUUGGCAGGGCAGGUGAGAGCCUCUGUGCUCACACACAGCCUAGUGCGAAGCCACUUCCAUUGCCAGGCUCUUGACAUUUGCACGAUGAGGCUAAAUCUCUCCCCUUCGAUUUAUUCAUCUCAAAGAGGUGGAUCAACAUUUGAGAGAUCGGGACUUCUUGGACUUCAGAAAGGGUAAGACGAGGGAACACAAACCAAUCCUCACCAAGGGACUGAAUUUUUUGAGGAGGUUACUAGGAGAGUUGAUGAGGGUAAAGCAGUGGAUGUUGUCUAUAUGGACUUCAGUAAGGCCUUUGACAAGGUUCCACAUGGAAUGUUAGUUAGGAAGGUCCAAUAGUUAGAUAUUAAUAUUGAAGUAGUAAAAUGGAUUCAACAGUGGCUGGAUGGGAGAUGCCGGAGAGAAGUGUUGGAUAACUGUUUGUCAGGUUGGAGGCCGGUGACUAGUGGUGUGCCUCAGGGAUCUGUACCGGGUCCAAUGUUGUUUGUCAUAUACAUUAAUGAUCUGGAUGAUGGGGUGGUAAAUUAGAUUAGUAGGUAUGCAGAUGAUACUAAGAUAGGUGGCGUUGUGGAUAAUGAAGUAGGUUUUCAAAGCUUGCAGAGAGAUUUAGGCCAGUUAGAAGAGUGGGCAGAAAGAUGGCAGAUGGAGUUUAAUGCUGAUAAGUGUGAGGUGCUACAUUUUGGUAGGAAUAAUCAAAAUAGGACAUACAUGGUAAAUGGUAGGGCAUUGAGAAAUGCAGUAGAACAGAGUGAUCUAGGAAUAAUGGUGCAUAGUUUCCUAAAAGUGGAAUCUCAUGUGGAUAGGGUGGUGAAGAAAUCUUUUGGUAUGCUGGCCUUUAUAAAUCAGAGCAUUGAGUAUAGGAGUUGGGAUGUAAUGUUAAAAUUGUACAAGGCAUUGGUGAAGCCAAAUUUGGAGUAUUGUGUACAGUUCUGGUCACUGAAUUAUAGGAAAGAUGUCAACAAAAUAGAGAGAGUACAGAGGAGAUUUACUAGAAUGUUACCUGGGUUUCAGCACCUAAGUUACAGAGAAAGGUUGAACAAGUUAGGUCUUUACUCUUUGGAGCAUAGAAGGCUGAGGGGGGACUUGAUAGAGGUAUUUAGAAUUGUGAAGGGGAUAGAAAGAGUUGACGUGGAUAGGCUUUUUCCAUUGAGAGUAGGGGAGAUUCAAAUAAGAGGACAUGAGUUGAGAGUUAGGGGGCAAAAGUUUAGGGUAACACAAGGGGGAAUUUCUUUACUCAGAGAGUGGCAGCUGUGUGGAACGAGCUUCCAGUAGAAGUAGUAGAGGCAGGUUCGAUUUUGUUAUUUAAAGUAAAAUUGGAUAGGUGUAUGGACAGGAAAGGAAUGGAGUGUUAUGGUCUGAGUGCAGAUCGGUGUGACUAGGUAAGAGUAAGCAUUCGGCACAGACUAGAAGGGCCGAGAUGGCCUGUUUCCGUGCUGUAAUUGUUGUAUGGAUCAGAUGUGGAGAGAGAGAGCAAUUUCAUAUUGCUGGGUGCCAAUAUCUCCAAGGACCUAACUAGGUAAAGAAGGCAAGGCAGCGGCUAUAUCUCAUUGGGAGUUUGAGGAGAUUUGGGGGGUCACCUAAAACACUAACAGAUUUCUACAGAUGUACUGCGGAGAGCACGCUGACCGGCUACAUCCUUCUGCCGUCUGAUUUCUCAACGGACAUUGAACCCACGAACACUAGCUCACCUCUUUUUUACUUCUGCUUUUGCAUUACUCAUUUAAUUAUUUAAUAUAUAAAUAUAUAAUUACUGUAAUUACUGUAAUUUAUUUUUUUCUCUAUUACUAUGUACUGCAUUGCGCUGCUGCCACGAAGUUUACAAACUUCACGACGUUUGCCGGUGAUAAGAACAUAAGAAAUAGGAGCGGGAGUUGGCCAUUCAGCCCAUCGAGCCCGCCCCGCCAUUCAGUAAGAUCCUGGCUGAUCUGACCAUGGACUCAUCUCCACCUACCUGCCUUUUCCCCAUAGCCCUUAAUCCCCCUACUAUGCAAAAAUCAUCCAACCUUGUCUGAAAUAUGUUCGCUGAAAUAUUAGAUUUGAUGUUAAACCUGAUUCCGAUUUUGAAUAGAGGGACAUGGAGAAAUGUCGGCGGGAGGGGAGGUCCGGGAAGAUCAGCCAUGAUCGUGUGAGAUGGUGAGGCAGACUUGCGUUUGUGAGUGCAGAAGUCAAAGGAAAUGUUUUCAGUUAAGCAUGCUCCCAGUACUCCCUCAGGGGAACUAUGUCACUGCGAGGCUGGUGAGAGCGUGGAACGAGCUACCAGCGGAAGUGAGGGACGCGGGGUUUGCUUUCAGCGUUUCAGAGAAGUUUGGGUAAGUACAUGGAUGGAGGGCUGUGGUCCGAGCUGGUGGGACUUGAUAGGACUGGGCAGGAUUCAGAUCUAGUAUGGACCAGAUGGGCCGAAGGGUCUGUUUCUGUGCUGUGGUGUGCUCUAGGAUUCUGUUUAGUUCAGAUUUCCCAGGGGCUGCGGGGGAGAUCUGAUACAGGUUUAUAAGAUUAUGAGAGGCAUAGAUAGGGAGCAUCUCUCUCCCAGGGUAGAAUUGUCUCAUACUAUGAAGGUGAGGUGGGGGGUAGGUUCAAAGGGGGUGUGAGGGGUAGGGUUUUCACUCAGAGAAUCAUGGAUGGCUGGUAUGGGGGUAGAGGCAAAUACAUUAGAUGCUUUUAAAAGACGUUUAGAUGUGAGGAAGAUGGAGGGAUGUGGACAUGGUGUGGGGAGGAGGGAUUAGUGUUGUGUGUUUUUGAUCUGCUUUUUAGCUGGCACAGCACAGACAUUGUGGGCCGAAUGGCCUGUUCCUGUGCCAUAGAACUCUUCUAUGUUCUAAUUCCAUGCCUGAAAUUGAUUUUACUGGGUUUUCAGUUGUACAUGCCUGUCACAGGCACUGUUGAUUCAGGCCUGGGUUGGGUAGAUUGGAGAACUGGCUGAUGUUACAAUGAUCUGAUUUUAUUUUUUUUUUAUUUUUAAAAAAGCACCAGAUUUUUUUUCAGUCAGCUCCAAACGUUUUUGUAGAGCUCCCGAGGAAAAUGUGAACAAGCACGUUCGGUUCAGCUUGAGUUCGGGGAUCACGUUGGGGAAAACGUGGUGGAGCCAAAAAGGGAUUUGAACAGCCAAGCAAAGAAGAUUGAUAACCGAGACUGUGAAGCAUCUUGUCAGUAACUUGGACCAUUCUUUCCUUGGUUGCACCAGACAGAAGCGUGAGCCCAGGAGAGAAACGUGUCAGCGAUUGUUGGCCCUGCUUUGCUGUCCGUGCAAAAACAAACUGAUUCUUGUCCAGUUCCGUGGUGCAAUAUCACAACUGUUCUUUAUCUGGCUGUAGCUGUGGUCCCGUUUCGUACUCCUGUAACAUUAACUGUAUUGAAUAAAAUAAUUGGAA